UUCUGCCCUCAGACGACCACGACCGGGCCAGCCAGGCAGGCAGAACAACCCCCGGUCUAAUCAAUCACCAAAAUUCACCAGCAUGGCUACCGGAUCGUCCAAUCAUAAUAGUUCUUCGCCAAAGGGACGACGGCGCGGGUCAUCGAUCGUGGAGACGUUGCACAGAAUAGAACACGAUCCCAAUCAUCAUCUCGCUGGGCCGUUUGUACCGGACAAGCCGUCAGUCCCUGCCCACCCGCCGCAGGACCCUACUGGUAAGAUCAAGCACGCGAAACCCAAGCAAAAGGUGGCAUUCGCGGUCGAUGUCAACAGCAGAUCAGGCGGACUGUGGGAGGAUAUGCGCACGAUGCGCUGGAUGCGUGUCCCAGCAUCGUCCGCGAAAAUCCUCGGCGUGCCGAUCCUGCUCUGGCUGAACUGGCACUUCCUCUCUUCGCACCAACCAAAUCCAUUCUCUCAUGUGAUCCUCCUCUCUGGACGAGUGCCAGGCUCUCCAGAUGACGAUCCGAGAUACCAAAAAAGCUACUGGGAUAUUCUUUUCAUUACGUACUAUGUCGUGUUUUGGUCAUUUGUUCGUCAGUCGAUUGUCUUGUAUAUCCUUCAUCCUCUCGCAAGACUGGCUGGCAUUCGCAAAGAAGGCAAGCUCGACAGGUUCGCUGAACAAGGAUAUGCUAUCAUUUAUUUUGGCUUCUCCUCCAGCGCGGGCAUUUACAUUAUGCGACAACUGCCAACGUGGUGGUAUCGCACCGAAUACUUCUGGAUUGACUAUCCUCACUGGGACAUGCUGCCCGCGAUGAAGGCAUACUACCUUCUACAGUUUGCAUUCUGGCUGCAACAGUUCCUUGUGCUUGUCCUUCGCAUCGAAAAACCACGUAAGGACUUCCAGGAGCUAGUGUGGCAUCACUACGUUACGUUGUGGCUGAUCGGGUGGAGUUACCUUGUCAACCUAACCUACAUUGGCAAUGCUGUUUUCGUCACCAUGGACUUCAGCGAUACGUUCCUCUCUGUGUCCAAGAUACUCAACUACCUCAAGCUGGAUCGCAUAUCUGUGAUCUCCUUCAUAUGGUUUAUCGGUGUUUGGACGUACAUGCGACACUAUCUGAACCUAAGGAUGCUCUAUUCCGUAUGGACUCAAUUCGAGCUCAUUGCCCCAGAGAAUCGAGAAUGGGAUCCUCCACGGGGCGUUUGGCUCGCGUGGUGGAUGAAGUAUCAAAUAUUCGUACCGAUAGCACUUAUCCAGCUACUCAACAUCUUCUGGUAUCUCCUUAUGUGGCGGGUAUUGUACCGGGCCGUCUUCGGAACAGUAAUCGGCGACGAACGGUCGGACGACGAGGACGAACCCGAAUCUCCUAUUGCCGAGAAGCUCUCGAAGGAAGACUAAGGCGAUGGCAAAAUCGAAAUGCUUGAAUGAUUCUGGGAUCUGGACAAAGUGGUGCGAUUGCAGUGCUUGGACAAUUAGCGAGUCUGGUCAAGAAUCGAGGGGAAGAAGGGAGAACUUUGGAGUAGCUUUUUUGGUCUGAACAUAUUGUUCUGUUUUUCGCUCGUUUACUGUGCCGCCUGCUAAGCGGUUUUCUAAACAACUGGCCCGCGUGGUAUAUACCCAGUAACCUAAUAUACACUUUCUGAACUCUUCUGUGCUCUCGCAUCUUGAAGCCACAGGUGUAACAAACAAACAAUUUCACUCACUACCUCUGAAAGUCUCGUACUGUAGCUCGGAAGUGGUUCAAAGGAACCCCGAAUCGUCCAUGGCCGUCGAAACUGUCGUGCAUCGCAUCAAUUGCCGCGCGAGAGAGAGCCGAGACGCGCGAGCGUGUCCUCACUAUUCUCUGCAUCCUCUAUCGUAUCUGCCUGUGCAACCACUCGUAAGACCGACUUCUUAGAUGACUCCUGGAUCUCUCCGGCAAUGAUGAGCUCGUCGAGAAUUGCAUAUGCUUUUUGGAAGUUGAAGAUGAGAUCGAGCUCGCAUACAUUCCCGAAAUAGCGAUCCAGCACCUCGACGUAUCGAUGGAUGAUUUCCAGUGUGACGAGCUCAUUGUCCCCUGAACUGAUACCGCACACGAAGAACAGCGAGGCAUAUCUCCGGUAUACGACCUUCGUGUCUCUGUACUCUAGGAAGUUCGACAUGCGAGUGCGACGUGCCAAGACGAGCUGGGUGACGUCCUUGACGAUCUUGGUUUUUGUCUUUGUGGGUAAGGUGGUGAACCAUUUUGCAAGACGGACUUUCCCUUGUCGGGAGACGAGCAAAAUAUAUUCGAUC